AUGAGAGUAUUAUUAGAAUCACAAGAAUUAUGGACGAUAGUGGAAGAAGGCUAUACUGAUCUACCGACGAAUGCAUCUGAAAGUGAUCAAGGUAUUCAGAGAGAGAAGAUCAAGAAAGACAGAAAAGCGUUGCAUAUAAUGUUUCAGGCUGUUAGUGAAACGAUAUUCGAGAGAGUGGCAACGUGUAAAACUUCAAAGGAAGCAUGUGAGAUACUGCACAAGGCAUAUAGAGGAGAGAACAAGGUAAAAAUGGUACGGUUACAAACCCUUAGAUGUGAAUUCGAUGCCUUAAAAAUGAAAGAUAGUGAAUCUAUAGAGGAUUAUAUUAAUCGUAUGGCAGUAAUAGUUAAUCAACUUCGUUUAAACGAAGAACGGAUAGAAGAACAAAGGAUUGUAGAAAAAAUUUUAAGGAGUUUAACACGAAAAUAUGAAUUAGUAGUUGUUGCAAUAGAAGAAUCUAAAGAUAUAAAUGCAAUCUCUACCGAAGAACUACAGGGAAUUCUACAAUCACAUGAAUUACGCUUGAAGCAAUAUGAUGAUGCUUCGAUCGAACAAGCGUUCCAAAUACAAAGUAAUCAGCAUGAUAGAACGAGACAGUCAAGAUCAGACUACAAUGGCAGGGGACGAGGCAAAGGAAGAGGAAAGUUUAACAAUUCUAUUCGGUGCUUUAAUUGUCAAAAAUUAGGACAUGUGGCACGGUUCUGCAACAAAAGAAGUGAAGAUGAUAAAUCCAACACAGCACUCAUGCACACAGAUGAACAAGAAGAUGAAAAUGAUGACACAAUGUUCAUGAUAUUCAAUGUGGAAGAAGUUAUAAAAAAUGAUUGUUGGUAUCUCGAUAGUGGGUGUAGUAAUCACAUGACAGGAGACAAGAACUUAUUCAUUACAUUAAAUGAUUCCGAACGACGUGAAGUAAGGACCGGAGACGAUAAGAGAUUGGAAGUACUCGGGUGUGGAGAUGUACUGAUAAAGGUUAAGGGGAUAGAGAGAUGGGUUCCCAAUGUAUUUUAUGUGGAAGGUCUAAAGCACAAUCUCUUAAGCAUAGGUCAACUAAUCCAAAAAGGAUAUGAUGUUCGAUUUAAUAAUCAAGAGUGCACCAUCAAGGAUUCACUCGGAUCACACAUAGGAACGGUAAGGAUGACUGGUAACAAGAUGUUCCCGUUAAAUAUGAAACAAGACCUGACUCCUCGGUGUGUAAUGUAA